GCACUUUGCCUUGCUCUGAUGUCAUCGUUUCGCGUCGGAUUUUUGCUGAAUGCUGAGCUGGUGAUCUUAGAGCUGUCAGGAUCUCAGUGCAAUGGCGCCCAAAGGAAAAGUUGGAACUAAAGGAAAAAAGCAAAUUUAUGAGGAGAAUAAGGAGACGCUUAGUUUCUACCUUCGUAUCAUUCUGGGAACAACUGUAUUAUAUGGUGCUGUUACCCUGGUGAUAUUUUACAGCUCUGCUACAUUCUGGAGCUGGGCAGUGCUGGCAUUCAGUGGGGCAGUGUAUACUUUAUCUUAUCGUUCCAUGCGUGGAAUGGCCCAGCCAUCGUUCUCUGAAGACGGGAGCCUUCUUGAUGGAGGAAUAGAUUUAAACAUGGAGCAAGGAAUGGCAGAACACCUAAAAGACAUUGUUCUACUGACAGCCAUCGUGCAGGUUCUCAGCUGCUUUUCACUAUACGUUUGGUACUUUUGGCUGCUGGCUCCUGGCCGUGCUCUGUACUUGCUGUGGGUGAAUAUUCUUGGCCCUUGGCUUGCAGCAGACUCCUCUAAUGCUCCUCCCCAACAAGAACAAAAUGAUAAGCGUCAGAAGCGCCAAGAACGCAGACAGAUGAAACGUUUCUGAUACAGGCAGCUGUAAAGUGUUUUAUGCACGCUGGGACACUUCCAUGGUUGUAAAAGAGUCUUAUAUAAACGGCGGGCAUUGUGCAGGGAAAACAGGGGACAUAUAAAUAUUUUUAUUAAAAAAAUAAAACAGACUGGUUACUAAUGAUGGCAACAACCCCCUAAGUUCAUUCUCAUGAGCCAGAAUCAGGUGCUGCUUAUGGACUUGUGCGGCUUUCUGUGUUGUGUUCCGCCUUUGAUACUUCCAGAAUGUUAUCUUAAGAUUAAAGCCAUCAGAAUUAUUUGCAGGACAUAAAUGUGCAUUAAUUCAGCAUUCUUUGUACUUCUUUUUCUUGUCUCAUUUAUUAGUUGGUAAGUAUUGUGACAGCUGCCUGUUGGUAAAAAAGGUUCUUUUUAUGUUGUAAUAAUGUGUCCUAAACCAAAGACUUUAGUUUGCUGGUUAAAUUAUUCUAGAUGACUGUACCUACUCCUGAAAGAAAAAAAAAGGUUUUGAUUAUUUGAAAUUCAUGUUUACAACAAGUUAAUUGGAGAAAUCCAUGAAACAGGGGCUGAAGUGUGUGAUUUGAGUUGAUGGGCCUUCUGUUUAUUUGCCUUUAAAAUAUAUGGCUCAUACAAUAAAUUCUGCAACACUUUCCAUUCCUCUUCUCAACAAAUAUUAAAGAGACAUUAAACACUG